AAAAAAAAGGAAAAAAGCAAGAAAAAAAAGUGAAAUCUUGUACUGGGUACGCAUUGUUCCAGAAGAUUUGCAGGCUGAUAUAGUAUUCAGAUUUUGGGUGAGGGUGACCACGGAACCGUAGUCUUCCUCUCGCCAUUGAAGCACAUUCAUCGAUCUCGAAAAACAUGUAUAGUCUCUUAGGCCCUAAUCCUAAUGCUCUUUGGUACCGCUGUUCCUAGGUUUGUGUUGGUUUGGUCUGUUUUCAUAGCAUCAAUUUUUGAGCCUUUAAAUUGAAGUGAGGAUGGUAGACAAAGCAAGUGAAGAACAUCAGACGUCACUAGCAGCUCCUUUCAUAUUUUUUGUUGUUCUAGCUUUUCACUUUGCUUCUCAGCGGAUUGAUCAAUUCAAGAAGGGUGGAUCCGACAAAGAAGAAAAGGCUAAGUUACAUAGAGAAAUAAAAGAACUUUUGAAGGAGGCGAACUCAUUGUCACAGCCAUCAACCUUUGCACAAGGUGCAAAACUCAAGAGGAAAGCUGCUGCGAAGGAGAAGGAACUUGCAAAGUUUCAAAAUUUAAACGACAAGGAUAGUGCUUUGUAUUCAAGAUUUCUGCUUAUCUCAAAGGUUUUAACAUAUCUAAUUUUCCUCAUGUGGUUUUGGAGUGUUCCUGUGGCCAGCAUAUCUCAACAACUUGUGCAACCUUUUGGGAGAUUAUUAUCUUGGAGGACUGGAGGGAUUGAAAAUAACAAUAUUAUGGUUGGGAUAAUACCUUGGCUGAUAGUGUCUACAAGGGUUAGCAGAUACAUUUGUAAACUCACCUAUGGCAAAUAGUUCGUGAUAUUCUUCAUUUAGAAUGACAUAACAUUGCUAGCUGCUUGGACUGGUUUGUGUCCUGCAUUGAAAAUGGAAUGAAAGAGUUUUCUAGAUUUGUACAACUUGAAAUUUGUUCCUUCCCUUGUUGUCUGGUUCAUAACCAUUUUGUUUUAGUACAGAUGACGUGUAAACUUCAUUUUGCAUAUGCAAGCAAAAUUUUCAUAUGCCUGUAAUAUGAUAGAGUUGCAGCCCCCACCCUACCCCUUGUUUGGUCUCUUUAAGGUUUUUUGUCUUUAAAUUCUUCUGGAUUAAUUAUAUUCAUUUAUUCAGUAGUAUUUAGUGUUGAAUUAA